UCGGGGAUCGCUUGGUCGUCUUCCAUGCAACGUACAUCAAUGAAUUCCUUGUGCAUCGAUGAAUGUAAUCAUGCAAAAUCACCGGCGAACCUUCCACUCAUGGCUGGAACAAAUUUAGCCAUGGUUUAGAAGAAAGUACAGCUGGGUGUUGGACAGUCAUUAUACUAAUUGAAGUUACAGUUGAGGAGAAUACAUUGUUUGCUUUCUAAAGCAUACGAUGGUGAUAUCAAAGGUACCCCAUUGAAAUACGAGGAAAAUUUCACCUGCUAUGUUGAUUCUCCUCCUUAUAGUUGUCCCCCACUGCUAAACAGUGACCUGUUCUGUGGGUGAGAGACAGCUUUAAUAUGGGAAGGAGAGGGCAUGGCAAAAGGCUAAUCAGGGGACCCCUGUUAACAGUAAAAAGUGGAGGAAGAUGAUUUAAUGAUUGAUUUAAAAGGAGGUGGGAGAAAGACUGAUGGGAAGGAGAAGCAAUAGCUUUGUUGAAGAUGGCAGGGGAAGCCAAUAAUGAUUUGCGGAAAAGAGUAAAGAGAAGCAGAGGCUCCACUGCAAAGGAGCGUAUCAGUAAAAUGCCACCUUCAGUUGCUGGAAAGAGGAGUUCAAUAUACAGAGGAGUCACCAGGCAUAGAUGGACUGGUCGAUAUGAAGCUCAUCUUUGGGACAAAAGUACUUGGAAUCAUAACCAGAACAAGAAGGGCAAGCAGGGUAGGGAUUAAAGAAUGGCUGCUUUUAAUACUUUUCUUUCCUGUAUUCAGUCACGUUCAAACUGUGGCAUUUUUAGCUUUGCUUAUAUACGGAAGCUUCUAAUGGUUGAUCUUUACAUUCAUGUUUUGUCUGCAUGCUCUGGGCAUUAUCGGAUAUUGGAUAUUAUUUAUUCAGUCUAUCUAGGAGCUUAUGAUGAGGAGGAAGCUGCAGCAAGAGCUUAUGAUCUUGCUGCCCUGAAGUAUUGGGGGCCUGGAACCCUCAUCAAUUUUCCUGUUAGUGAUUAUGCAAGGGAUAUUGAUGAGAUGCAGAAUAUCUCAAGGGAAGAGUAUCUUGCUUCUCUGAGAAGGAAAAGUAGUGGCUUCUCAAGAGGAAUGUCCAAAUGUCGUGCCAGGGUAUCACAAAAAAAUAGGUGGGAUGUAAGAUUUGACCAAAGUAUUGGGAACGAAUACUUGAACGUUGGGAAUUACUGGGACGACAGUGCUACAGCAUAUGACAUGUCUCAAGGUGAUAACAGAAAAUUCAGUAUGGUCACAAGCAUUGACUUGAGUGCAUAUGUCAAGUGGUGGCAGCCUAAAAAAUUCCAUCAAGAUCUAACUCCCAAACAUGUUGAGGAGUCUCACUCAUUGUCUGAUCAAAGAUCUGUGAAUGUGGAAGAACCAGAGACACCAGAAUGCCCAGGAAAAUCUUGUGAUCCAUACCAACUGCCCUCUCUAGGUGUUUCUCAUGGUAAAUUGCAUAAGCCAUCUAGAACAAGUGCUCUGAGCAUCUUGUUUAAGUCUCCUCUGUUCAAACAGAUGAUCCAAAAAGAAUCUGCUAAAAAAAGUGCUAGUGGCCAAGAUAAGACUCCUUGUUAUGACUUAGGAAAGAUAGGAUUGCAGCAAGUUCAAAAAAAUCAGAUCAACCCAGAGGAACACCAAAUUGGAUGCAAAGAAUCAGCCCAUGGCUCAGGAUGUUUUCGACCCUCUGUCCAAAUAACUAGUAUAACUCAAGUUCCAUCAGUGUCAACAACUCUGGAGUGCAAGACCAUGCAUUCCCAUUUGCAGAACAUUGAAGGAACCUGAGUUUACAUGUGGGCUUUGGAAUCUUAACAAGUCUUUUUAAGAAAACUAUUGGAUUGGAUCUUCCUGCACAUGGUAUUACUUUCUUGUGACAGGCUAGUCUUGUUAUAUGCUAGUCUUGUUAUAUCUAUAGGAAAUGGACUUUUAAAGCCAAAGGCCCCUGCAUCACCAUAUCAAUAUUGAUCACUUGCAAGUUGUAGUUCAGAAAUUAAUCAACGAAGUAGUGAUAUUGGUCAUGGUUGCUCCCCACUAAGAAAGUUGCUUCUUAAGAUUGAUUGAAUAUUAAAGCAGAAGUUAAAAAACAUUGUAUUUCUUUCUUGUAAUGGAAUAACGUCUGAAGUUGAAAGUAAAGAGUGGAACAAUUCCCUCA